UUUCACACAACCCCUUAGUCCACUAACCUCACUUCCAAUCCACCUUUUCCUCCGUCUUCGCUUCACAUUUUCCUCUUUAAACCCCAACAAACUAUCCUGGUCAGCAUGCCACAAUUAAUCCUGGACUUCUGUUCAUUCUAUACAUCCCAACUACUUCUUGUUUUUUCCCACAUUAUCUAAUCCCAAAUCAAGUGUUUUUUUAAUCAAUCUUAUUUAUUUCUUCACGCGUUAAUUAACUUAAUAUGUUGAAAAAGAUCAGAAGAAGAGUCAAGAUCAUAGCCACCAAGCCUUUUAAAAAACCUCGUAAACCUCCACAACAACAAGCCCCAUCAAACCCUCCUUCACCGCCUCAAGAAACCACCAUGUCUCCGCCGCUGCACCACCGCAAACAACCAAACCAACCAUUCCUCUUCCCCAAAGUCCAAUCCACAAUCCUCCCUGACCCUUCUGCUUUCUUUUCGCCUCAUCUUCUCUCAACCCCUCUGCCCACUAACUCAUUCUUUCAAAACUUUGUGCUCAAGAAUGGCGAUCAGCCUGAAUAUAUUCACCCUUACAUGAUCAAAUCCUCACUUUCAUCGGUUUCUGUUUGUUACCCAUCUGUGUUUUCUAGCCCUGCUUUCUUUUACCAGGUUUUUAUAUUGGAUCUUACUGUCUCUGUGCUGAAUAACCCUGACCCGAAUUCGAAACAUGUGAUAUCUUCGUUUAAUGAUCUGAGUGUCACUUUGGAUCUUCCGUCGAGUAAUCUCAGGUUCUUUCUUGUCAGAGGUAGCCCUUUUGUUACGUUUGCUGCUACUAAUGGUGUGGAGAUUGUGAUUUCUACUAUUCAUGCUAUUCUUGAAUGUGUGCCUAAUAGCUCUGGAACUAAGUAUACUAUUAAGCUUAAUAAUAAUCAGACUUGGGUCUUGUAUGCUUCUUCGCCGAUUAAAUUGAGUAAUGACAUUAAUAAGAUUACUUCUAGUGCAUUUUCUGGUGUGAUUAGGCUUGCUGUUGUACCGAAUUGUCAGUAUGAGGAAGUUCUUGAUCGGUUUAGUUCUUGUUAUCCGGUGAGCGGUGACGCUUUGUUUACGAAGCCUUUUUCGUUGGAGUAUAAGUGGGAGAAGAAAGGGUGGGGGGAUUUGUUGAUGCUUGCUCACCCGCUACAUGUUAAACUUUUGGAAAUGAAUGGUUCUGUGACUGUUUUAGAGGAUUUUAAGUAUAAGAGUGUUGAUGGGGAUCUUGUUGGAGUUGUUGGAAAUUCAUGGGAGUUGAAAACUGAUCCAGUUUCGGUAACUUGGCAUUCGACCAAAGGUGUCAAAGAAGAAUCAUAUGAUGAAAUUUGUACUGCACUCCGCAAAGAUGUUGAGGAUUUAAAUUCAACAACGAUAGGAACAACAUCUUCCUACUUCUAUGGGAAAUUGGUGGCUAGGGCUGCGAGGUUUGCACUGAUAGCUGAAGAGGUGUGUUACCCGGAUGUCAUUCCAGCAAUAAAGAAGUUCUUGAAGGAUACAAUUGACCCGUGGUUAAAUGGGACUUUUGGGGACAAUGGUUUCUUGUAUGAUGGGAAAUGGGGUGGAAUUCUGACUAAACAAGGGUCUACUGAUUCCGGAGCUGAUUUUGGGUUUGGGCUAUACAAUGAUCACCAUUAUCAUCUUGGGUACUUUUUGUAUGGAAUUGCAGUGCUCGCCAAGAUAGACCCUGCUUGGGGAAGGAAGUUUAAGCCACAAGCUUAUACACUAAUGGCUGACUUUAUGAAUUUGGGAAGAAGAGAAAAUUCUAAUUAUCCUCGUCUGAGGUGUUUUGACUUGUGGAAGUUACAUUCUUGGGCUGGAGGGUUGACUGAAUUUGCAGAUGGCCGGAACCAAGAGAGCACAAGUGAGGCUUUAAAUGGUUACUAUUCAGCUGCUUUAAUGGGGUUGGCAUACGGAGAUACCCAUCUUGUUGCUAUUGGCUCAACACUUUCAGCAAUGGAGAUUCAAUCAGCACAAACUUGGUGGCAUGUGAGGGAGGGAGAUAAAUUGUAUCCUGAAGAGUUCACGAGGGAAAAUAAGGUGGUUGGUGUUUUAUGGUCUACCAAGAGGGACAGUGGGCUGUGGUUUGCUCCACCUGAUUGGAAAGAGUGCAGGCUGGGAAUUCAGCUCCUGCCUCUGCUACCAAUUAGUGAGGUUUUGUUUUCUGAUGUGGAGUUUACAAAGGAGCUUGUAGGAUGGACCUUACCGGCUUUAGCUAGAGAAGGGGUUGGAGAGGGGUGGAAGGGUUUCGUGUAUGCCUUGGAAGGGAUUUAUGACAAACAUGCUGCUUUAGAAAAGAUUAGGAACUUGAAUGGGUACGAUGAUGGGAACUCGCUUACAAAUCUCUUGUGGUGGAUUCACAGUAAAGAUGAAGAAGAAGAGGGGUUUCAUGGAAGAUCCUGCUGGUAUAAUCACUAUUGCCAUUAGCCAAAUCAUCACUCGGAUCUAAGAUACUAAGUGGACUUUAUAACUGAUCGAUGAGUACUAUUGAUGUACACAAUGGAGUUAUUCUAUUGGCGACUCAACUGGUAUUAUGAUUGCUUCAUAUGUUGUUUUCUUUUAUAUGUCCUUUGAUCUCUAUACAUGAUAUAAACAAAUAAACAGUCUGUAGUGCAUUCUUGCUAGCAUAUAUCAUAUUUAUAAGCCGGAGUUCCAUUGUUAACUCCUUUACUGCA